AUACGCAUAGGAAAAUGAUGAACAUCAGCAGCAGCAACAGCAACAGGAGAAGUGGAACUGAGGCUUCACAUCCAGAUGUUUGGCCCAGCAGCCAGCUGAACAUGAACCAGUACGCCAAUAAGAAGAGUGCAGCUGAGAGCAUGCUGGAUGUGGCUCUACUGAUGGCUAACGCCUCCCAGCUAAAGGCGGUGCUGGAGCAGGGACCAAACUUUUCCUUUUACACCCCCGUCGUCACCCUAAUCAGCAUCUCCCUCGGUCUGCAGCUCACAGUCGGGGUGCUGCUUAUCUUCAUAGUUCGGUGGAACCUGAAUGAUGAGCAAAAGCAAUGGAGGCUGAACACUAUGGAAAACUUGGCCACAGUCCUGGUUUUUAUCAUCGUGGUAGUCAACGUCUUCAUCACGGCCUUCGGGGUCCACCGGCCAAACCGCAGUAACUGACCAAGAACACACACAGGUAUUCUUUCUAUUUUUGCCAGUCACAUAGAUUCUUUCUUUUCACGCUCUUUCUCUGCUCCACUCUCUCUAUUCAAAUAGAUAUUUUCUCUCUUGCCUUACUGUGCAGUUUGUUCCUAUAGACAUCCAUGGAGUCAGCAAGUUUUUGGUCCUCCCCUGACAUGACCUUCACAAUCACCUACCUGACCUACAAACACACUGACCUCUCCAGGCUCACAGA